AUGUCGCUCGAGAAAGCUUCAGAGUCAAGUGUGCAUGCCCUUGCUACGCCCAGCGAGCAUGGCGCAGAUGUGGAGGCGGUUCCCGAGCUCAAACGCGCUGCUAGUCGCAAAGCAUCUCUCAGCGCGUACAUGACCAUCGCUGCCGCGGCCUUCGGACUCAUCUCGGAUGGAUACCAGAACAAUCUGAUGACCAUGACAAAUGUUGUGUUCAAGAAGAUCUGGCCAAAAGAGUACACAUCUUCAGUGUCUACUCGCGUCUCGAAUGCGCUCCUGGUUGGUACGUUGGUCAUUGGCCAGGUUUUCGUCGGCCUCAUUUGCGACCGGGUCGGGCGUAAAGCUGGGCUCGUCAUUACGACAGUGCUCAUUGUCAUUGGUGGGAUUCUCGCGACCGCCGCUCACGGCGCUCACGGGAGCCCACAAGGUCUGUUUUGGUUUAUGACGGUUGCACGAGGUAUCACUGGUGUGGGUACGGGUGGGGAGUAUCCCGCCUCCUCCACGAGUGCGAGUGAGGCUGCUAAUGAGAAGAUGAUACGGAAUCGAGGACCAGUCUUUAUCAUGGUCACAAACUUUGUCCUCAGUUUCGGCGGUCCCCUCGCGGUGUCCGUAUUCCUCAUCGUACUCUCUGCGGCGGGCCAAAACCAUCUCAACACGGUCUGGCGUGUGUGUUUCGGUAUUGGGAUUAUCCUCCCGCUCACUGUAUUCUACUUCCGGAUGCGCAUGCUAAGCCCGAAACUGUUCCGCGAGUCGGCCAUAAAGCGUCGUGUGCCGUAUUGGCUGGCUGUGAAACGCUAUUGGCGUCCACUAAUCGGGACUUGUGGGGCAUGGUUCCUGUAUGACUUUGUCAGCUUUCCUAACGGCGUCUUCUCUGGCACGAUCAUAUCGAGUGUGACCAAAAGCGGCGACAUCCGCUCGACGGCGGAGUGGCAGCUACUGCUGGGUGCAAUCGCGCUUCCUGGCGUCUUUGUUGGCGCAGCUCUUUGUAACCCAAUUGGGAGACGGAACACCAUGAUGAUUGGCUUCUGCGGAUAUCUCGUCUUCGGUCUCAUCAUCGGUUGUGCGUACGAAAGAAUCACGAAGAUCGUGCCCCUCUUUGUGGUCUUUUACGGCUUGAUGCAAUCCAUGGGGAACUUGGGCCCAGGUAACAUGCUGGGCCUCGUCAGCGCGGAGUCAUACCCCACCGCCAUUAGGGGAACGUGCUACGGCCUCUCAGCCGCCAUUGGCAAGACAGGCGCAGCCAUCGGCACACAAGCAUUCACGCCCAUCCAGAACAACCUGGGCAAGAAGUGGACGUUCAUCAUCGCAGCGAUAUGCGGUGUCGUCGGUGUGCUCGUGACGUACUUCUUCGUGCCGGACAAGACGGGCAUCGAUCUCGCGGACGAGGACGAGAAGUGGCUGGCGUACCUCGCGGCGAACGGGUGGGAGGGCGACGUCGGCGAGGAGGAUGAGAUCGUGCUGGCGGGCGACGCUAAAGAGGAUGACCGCGAUAGUGCGACGGAUGAGAAGGCGUGA